UUAAAUAAAUUUGUCUUUCACACUCGCACCCUGACCCAAUAGUCCAAGUCAUACGAAAACAGCUAUAAAGGUAUUUUCUCCAAUCCCAAUGUUGGACCAAUCAAAAAUCACCAAUGACGUGCGCCGUCGAUAGCCUGCAAAACAUUUAAAUACACCCUCCUUUUAAUAUUCCCACCUCCAUUCUUUAUGCAUACAUUACAUUUACAGGUUCAAGCAUGAAGCAUUUUCUCUCUCUAUAGUUGUUGCCUUUCUCUCUCUAAAAUUCCAUGAAUCAAUAAUUCUUUCCAUAAUUCUUCCAAUGUCAAUAAUACCCUCUCCGAAUCCACCGCUUUCCAAAAGCAGCAAACCCAUAAUUUCAGCUCAUCAUUCUUGAAAAAGUUGAAUAAGUCCUAAUUCGAUAAUAAGUUUAUCCCUUUUUAUUUUUCGUAAAUUAUUGUUCGAUAUGGUUAUGAUGCUUCUUGCAAAUCUGACCGGCAUAGUGAUUUCAAUCUUUAUUGGGUAUAUAGUCUUCAGAUUUUUGUCAAAAUCUUCUUUAAUUCACUUUUUGAAGAAAUGGUGGAGAUCCUUGGAGGAGAAGUGCUACGUGUAUCAGUUUUACAAGGUGCCGAAAUUCAAAGAGCACAUGCAGGAAAAUCAACUUUACAGAAAAGUAUAUGUUUACCUGAAUUCCUUACCGGGCAUGGAAGAUUCUGAUUUCACCAAUCUUUACUCAGGUAACAAAUCCACUGAAAUCAAUCUUGUUCUCGAUUCGAAUCAGGUUGUUUUGGACGAUUUUCUCGGCGCCAGGCUGUAUUGGAUGAACGAAGAAACUAGCUCAAGAUCGCUCAUUCUGAAGAUCAGAAAGAAAGACAAGCGAAGAAUUCUAGUUCCUUAUUUGCAGCAUAUUCACACAGUGUUCGAUGAUAUUGAGCAGAAAAGAAAAGAGGUGAGACUGUUCGUUAAUGUAGAAACCGAACUGCAGAGAAACGGACGGUGGAGAUCGAUUCCCUUUACUCAUCCAGCGACUAUGGAUACAGUUGUGAUGGAUACGGAUCUGAAGAACAAAAUCAAAUCAGAUCUGGAAAACUUUCUGAAGUCCAAACAGUAUUAUCAUCGAUUAGGUCGCGUUUGGAAGAGAAGCUACUUACUAUACGGACCUUCCGGCACUGGAAAAUCGACAUUCAUCGCGGCCAUAGCCAAAUUCCUUCACUACGAUGUAUACGAAUUCGAUUUAAACAAAAUCGCCGAUGAUUCAGAUCUAAAAUUCCUUAUGCUACAAACUUCGAACAAAUCGCUGAUCGUGAUCGAAGAUCUGGACCGUUACCUGAAUGCGAAAUCAACAACCGUGAGCUUUCCAGGGAUCUCAAAUUUCAUGGAUGGGAUUUUUUCAUGCUGUGGUGAAGAAAGGGUUAUGGUAUUCACAAUGAACAGUAAAGAAAAUCUUGACCCGACAAUUAUCCGACCCGGAAGAGUUGAUGUCCAUAUCCAUUUCCCUCUGUGUGAUUUUUCGGGCUUUAAGAUUUUGGCCAGUAGUCAUUUGGGGUUAAAGGAUCACAAAUUGUUCCCACAGGUUGAAGAGAUUUUUCAAAUCGGUGCGAGUUUGAGUCCGGCUGAAAUUGGCGAGAUUAUGAUUUCGAACCGGACCUCACCUAACCGGGCAAUAAAAACGGUUAUUUCGGCGCUGCAUAGUAACAAUGCCAGUCGGGUGGCGAGGAGGUUGUCUGGGAGCGUUUCGGGUCGUGGCUCGGAAGAGUUAGACUGUAAGUCCGGGCUAUUUGGCAGGGAGAAUACUAAUCCUAUGAAAGAGUUCAAGAAUUUGUAUGGAUUUUUGAGAAAUAAAAGUAGUAGAAAAGCUUCGAUAGAUUUUGAUGCAGUUGAAAGAGAAAAUCAGAAUCCAAAUCCAAAUCCGGAUCCGGAUCCGAAUUCAAAUUCAAGUCAUCAAAGUUGAUCUGAUCUUAGCUCGAUUGUCAAGUGUAUUCUUCGAUAGUUCAGCAAGCGAUCCCUUGAACGUAAUCCUUUCGUGCAAUGGCCAUUUAGUUCGGUUAAUUGAUUUUGCUUAUGGGAUCCAAAUUACUAGUCUUUUACUUGUAAAAACUUAUACUUUAGCUUUACACUUGCUCUUGGAUUUGUUCUAUAGAUGUGAGUUUAGACACAAGGGUUAUGCUACACGUACAUUGUGGAGUUCAUAAAAUUAUCCGUAAUGUACAAAUGUCAUAACAUCAUUAGAGAGUUGAAAAAUAGUUUUUUCAACCCUCCAAUCAUAGAAUUUCACAUGUACAUUAUAGACAAACAUAUGGAUACCAUAAUGUACAUGUAGAAUUAUUCUUAUACACAAUAACACAAAUUUUGUCAA